CCAAACUCCCCGCGCGGCCCCGCCCCCGCCGCCUCCCUGUGUUCCGGGCUCCGCCGCUUCGGGAUGAGCCGCGAUUCCCCAUGGAGAGCAAACGGGCCGACAUCCCCAGCAGCGUCCUGGACGACCUAUGCAGCCGAUUUAUUUUGCACAUUCCAAGUGAAGAGAGAGACAAUGCAAUCAGAGUGUGUUUUCAGAUUGAACUGGCCCAUUGGUUUUAUUUGGAUUUCUACAUGCAAAACACACCAGGAUUACCUCAGUGUGGGAUAAGAGACUUUGCUAAAGCUGUCUUCAAUCACUGCCCUUUUUUACUGCCUCAAGGUGAAGAUGUACAAAAGGUUUUAGAUGAGUGGAAAGAAUACAAAAUGGGAGUGCCAACCUAUGGUGCAAUUAUUCUUGAUGAGACACUUGAAAAUGUUCUUUUGGUUCAGGGCUAUUUAGCAAAGUCUGGCUGGGGAUUUCCAAAAGGCAAAGUAAAUAAAGAAGAGGCUCCUCAUGACUGUGCUGCUAGAGAGGUGUUUGAAGAAACUGGGUUUGACAUAAAAGAUUAUAUCUGCAAAGAAGACUACAUUGAGCUGCGAAUUAAUGAUCAGUUAGCACGGCUGUAUAUCAUUCCAGGAGUUCCCAAGAACACAAAAUUCAACCCCAAAACUAGAAGGGAAAUUCGGAAUAUUGAGUGGUUCUCCAUCGACAAAUUACCAUGCCACAGAAAUGACAUGACCCCGAAGUCCAAGCUGGGUUUGGCACCUAACAAAUUUUUUAUGGCAAUUCCCUUCAUCAGACCAUUGAGGGAAUGGAUUUCCCGAAGAAAUGGAGAUUCCUCAGAUAGUGACAAUGGUUUUUCAUCUGCAGGAAGUACACCCUGUAAGCCCAACUUGGAAAAAGUUAGGUCAGCACCAACACAGAGAACAGCAGGACAAAUGCUAAUGUGGACCUGGCCUAUGGUCUGUGGAGAACACACGUUUUCUACCAGCAGGCAAAAUAAAGUUGGAUCCAAACUUCGCUGUAGUCAGCAGGUGUUUACAGAUGGCUUUUUAGGAGAGCAGUGCACCCACAAGCCAAAACAGCCACAGAAGCCAUAUAAUAAUGCUGAGGUGUCUGAAGUUUUGAAAAUAAAGAAUCAGAGCUUGAGGAACAAUGGCAGAAAGCAAUAUCAAGACACUUCCAGCCAAAAGAAGCGAACAAAUGGAGUCCACAGUCAAGCAGUUAAGCAAAACCAUACCUUGAAAUGUGAAAAAAAGCUUAAUCCAAGAAGACUUCAAGAUAACUUUGAAACAGCAGAAGCAGCAUAUGAGAUGUGUUGCUCCAGUGAAGACCCACUGCCAGAACACGUAGAGGGACAUUCUAUGGCAUGCAAUGGUCAUUACAAAUUCGCUUUUUCAUCAAGAGCUUUCUUGAGUUUCAAGUUCGACCACGAUGCCAUAAUGAAAAGUUUUGACCUCUGACUGCAAACUUAAUAGGAAUAAAUCGGACUUACCUGUUGCAACUGAGGGGGUUUCUUAUCCA